ACACCCCCGGCCCUCCCGCCUCCUCCCGCCCUGUCCGCGGCGCCCGGCCGGAGACGAGCAUGGUGUUUGCUCCAGGUGAGAAAUCUGGAAAUGAACAAGAAGAAGUUGCACUGCAGAAUGCCAGCAAACAGAUUGUGCAAACUGCCAUCCUGCAGGCAGUUCAGCAGGUCUCUCAGGAGAGCCAACAAAAGGAGAAGAGAGUAAACAGCAGUGUGAGUCUGCAGUUAGAAAGAGGAGAAUUAACCAAGAAGCAUGAAAAGAAGUAAAAGAGUGAACUACUUGUUUUGGUCCUCCAGUUGGCAGUAUCUCCAGCUUGCCUCUUAGUAUCAGCUGUGUUGCCAGUGCAAUGUUACUACUGUAAAGCAAACCAAAGUAUAAUCAGCACCUAGACAUAGAGUAAAGCUGCAAUAGUUCUCAACUGAGAAAUAUUAAGUGCAUUAGGUGACUCACUUCAUAUUUAUGCAGUGCCUCUUAAACAUAAUGAACAAAAAUACUGUAUCUAUAAAAUAGUUUCAAGCACAAUCUCUUCUUAAGGGAUGGUUUUAUAUGCAAAAGCUUAUUGUUAGUGCCCUUCUGUAUGAAUCUUAUGUGCAUCAUCUGUGUCUGUUCCCUUGGCAGAUAUCUCUACUGAGUUACAGAUUUUACUAGGGAUUGGCUGUGUCAACUAAACAAUAUAUUGUAGCAUGUAGGAGAUGCGCUUUCAGGCUCCUUGAAACACGAGUUUGUGUUUUAUUUUGAUAGAAUGUGGACUGUAUAAAAUAGCAGCUGUAAAAUGGAUCUGGAAAGUUUCAUGCACAUAUCUUUUUUUCAUUCUUUUACAGUCUCUUUACAAAGUACAUUAUCUAUGACUAUAUAGUUCACUCAUUAUGCUGCAGAUGAUGUAAAUGUCCAGUACAUUUCUAAUCUUUUGGACAAAAAUUAUUUCUGAGCCUCAAAGAUUCCUUUAAUUUUACCAGUAAUAAAAGAAAAGAAC